AUGGCUAUGCUCUCUCGCUGGUCCGAUAUCAUGUUAGUACCAGCCAUCGCUGUCCGUGAUGCUCUAGAAUUUUCGAUGAAAAUGCUUUCUUGGUUAUAUGACUCAGGCUUGCAUGGAUCUUUCAGCGACCCACUUGCCUUCCUUGAGAAAUUUCAGAACUCGCAUCGCGGGUCGCAUUGGGGUUUGACACCCCACACAAAGUUAAGCUUCCAAGAAAAUGCAAACAUGUUCUUCAGAUUUGUCAAAAUGGGGUAUGGCAUGAAUGUGUCUGAACAUUCCGACAAUAUGACUGGUCGCAUAAAUCUUGACAAACUUGGCACUCCGUGA